AUGACGAAACUCUUCACCCCCGUCAAGGUUGGGGCCAUGUCCCUCUCCCAGCGCAUCGCCAUGGCCCCAAUGACCCGCCUCCGAGCAAGCGAUUCUCACGUUCCCCUGCCCUCCGUAAAGGAGUACUUCAAGCAGCGUGCCUCAGCCCCCGGAUCUCUCGUCGUCACGGAAGCCACCGUUAUCAGCCCCCGGCAUGGCGGUUAUGCCAAUGUCCCAGGCAUCUACAAUCAGUCUCAGAUCGACGCCUGGAGGGAAGUCACCAACGCUGUGCACGCCAAAGGAUCAUACAUCUUUCUACAGCUCUGGGCACUGGGUCGCGCCGCAAACCCUCAGCUACUGGAGAAGGGGGGACACCAGCUGGUUUCCAGCAGCGAUGUGCCCAUGAAGAGUGCCUUUAGCGAUGAUAUGCACUACCCAACCCCGCUGACCGAAGAUGGAAUUUGGGACGCAAUUUCCGACUUUGCGGCCGCAGCUAAGAACGCCAUCAGUGCUGGUUUCGAUGGAGUCGAGAUCCAUGGCGCCAAUGGAUACCUCGUCGACCAGUUCAUCCAAGACGUCUCAAAUAAACGAACCGAUACCUGGGGUGGAAGCAUCGAAAACAGAUCUCGCUUCGCGGUAGAGGUCACUCGCGCCGUAGUCGAAGCAGUCGGCAGCGAGCGCACUGCGAUCCGUCUGAGCCCCUGGAGCAAGUACCAAGGCGUGCGCAUGGACGACCCUAUUCCGCAAUUCUCAGACGUUGUACGCAGGCUGGCUGAUUUCAAGCUGGCCUACCUCCACGUGUGCGAGUCCGACGACCGGCAAACCAAUGGCGAGGAGAUUAAGUUCAUCUUGGACACCUAUGGCGACGCGAGCCCUGUUCUCGUUGCCGGGAAUUACGAUGCCGCUUCCGCCAAGAAGGCGGUGGAUGUCGAUUACGUGGACCAUGAUGUUGUGGUGGCAUUUGGCCGUCCGUACAUCUCCAACCCCGACCUGGUCUUUAAAGCAAAGAACGGCAUCGAGUUUGCGCCAUUGGAUCCAAAGAACAUGUACGCACAAAGCGAUGAGGGCUACAUAGAUUAUCCCUUCGCCCAGGAGGCUAAGGAUGAAUGA